UUUUGUUGGUUCUUCUUUAAAUUUCCAGGAGAAAAAAAAGACAAAAACUUUUCAUUUUCCCCUCUUUUCAUUUUCGUUUCUUCUCUGCUAGGGUGAUGCACCCAUCAUCGCGCCGCCACCAGACCACCUCUCCUCCACCAUGGACGGUGGUCGGAGAGGUGCUAAAUGGCCCUUUUAGCCCUUGUUCGCGGCAAAAAACAAAUAAAAAAGGACGCUUUGGUCCUUUUACCAAACCGACGCACCCGCCAAAGCCGAGACCAAACCUUGAAAGGUUUUGAGGCCCUUGGUGCCGGUGAAACACCCUUGGCGACGGUGGAGCGUAGGACCACUCAGGUGUGUCAGAGGCAUGUGAGGCCGGUGGUUGGUGCCCUGAACGGUGGUGGUGCAUGCGGUGGUUGGCAUGCGUGGGGUGAGCGGCAGCUGAAGAAAGAGGCUAGGGUUGCUGAAACAAUUUGGGUAGUUGGGCUAGGUUUUGUUUUAAUUUUGGGCCAUGUAUUGGACUAUUUUUUGUUUAUUUGGUUUGGGUUCUUUUUAGGCCAAAAUUGGCUAUUACACAAUGUAGAUAUUAAAUAAUAAAAUCUGAGUUAAUGGGAAAGAAAAGUCUUGAAAACUUUAGGUUUUCACCAUGUUCGGGUUUCAUAGUAUUAGUAAUAUUGAAGUUAUUCAAGUGUACUCUCAUUUGUUAGUAGCAUAAUUUAGAUUACUUUUAAGUGGUUUAUAAUUGUAAUUUCAAAAGGAAAGAAGAAAUUAUAAAGUUGAGUUUAGCGAAUCAAA